AUGGCCCCAGCGAUCUCUAAUGAUGACAUCGAGUACACCUCGGCCGAGUGCGUGAUGGCCAAGUUGAAGAGGCCUGAAAUCCACACCUUCUCCUGAAGCGAUGCUCCUGCAUUAUUGAACGACAAACAGAAUAUUAUACUUGACCCGGGGUGCAAAUAAACCCCAUAAUAGGCAAGGUUUCCAUUUUGGUUCUUGAUUGGGAGGGAAGGAACGCCCGCUACAAUGCGCGAGACUUUAUAUUCCACGGGAAUCCGUGCAAACACAACCACAAAGACAAGUUUGGUGCCUCAUAGAAUAGGAGGGCAAACAUGGCAGUGGAUGUUCAGCCAAAACAACAGUUGCAACUCCAAAAUUAAAGAGUUACAGGGACUCAAACAUCAGUUUAUAUUGUGAUAGAGGUGUUUGUAGUCAAAACAAUAGUUUUCAAAUUUCAAAAACAAUUUUUAAAACUAAAGCAACGAAUCUAGAAAAGAAAAUUUAAAAUAUUCAAACCCUUUAUGUCUUUACUAUACAAACCGUGUAACCUAACCAAUCUCCUACAGUACCCCAAUAACAGUAAAAUCUCUUCAGAAUUCAGCUUUUGUGAUUUCAACAAAACACGACUUGAAUACAAACUUUUGGUCGCCAUUCAUCAGUUACAGUAUCUUCGGGUGAAUCAGAGCCUGAGGCAAUCCAGAAGCUCCGUUUCUCUUCCGGUCCAAUUCCCUAAAGGCGACACAUUUAAGACUUCACCUUCUGAGCAACACCUCCAAGAAGGCACCUUACCAAUGCUCAGAAAGACGUCUCUCUACCCAGACUCAAAAGGAAGUCACCCUACCGACACCUCGAAGAGUCACAUCGUCCUAACCAUGAGAGAAGUCACUUUGCCACCCCUUGUCACCCUAAAGAAGGUAUUGAGACGGAAGCGACAUGCCCAUCCGACUGUACUUCCCUCUCUCCUGGCCGGUCACGCAAUCCUGGCCAAGGUGCGAACUGUUAAUUAA